CCCACUUUUCCAGGGGUCUUUGACAGCAGGGCAAAGACGCCAGCAUUUCCGGUUUAAAUGGCAGGCAAGGAAGCGGUUCUGGUAAACAGCAAUGAAUGACUCAUCUAAUGAAAGCUUCGUAUAUGACUCUUACUAUGACUAUAUGGAUCAAGUCUGUGAAAAGGAUGGAGUGGUCAAGUUUGGAUCCUAUGUCGUUCCCAUUUUCUUCUCCAUUGUGAUCACUCUCAGCCUCACAGGAAACAUCCUUGUUCUUGUCAUCUUAGCUCUGUAUGAAAACCUCAAGUCUCUCACCAACAUCUUCAUCCUGAACCUGGCCAUCUCUGAUCUCGUCUUCACUACUGGUCUUCCAUUCUGGGCCAUUUACCACAUCUGGGGAUGGCUGUUCUCAGAGAUUGUCUGCAAGAUCGUGACUUUUGUCUUCUUCAUUGGGUUUUACAGCAGCAUCCUUUUCCUGUGCAGCAUGACCAUCUACAGGUAUCUAUCUGUGGUCCACCCUCUCUCUGAGCUCAAGAUAACGAAAUCCAGCACUGGGAUUUUUGUGUCUUUCCUCCUGUGGGGGUUGAGCAUCGGAGCAGCUAUGCCUUCCCUGCUCUACAGCUCCAUAGUCUCAAUCCCCCAAAAACAUGAACACACCUUUGGCUGUGAGUACGAAACAGACCUGUUAAAAAAAAUCGCUGUCACCCAACAGAAUGGCUUCUUCUUGUUUGCUUUCUCGGUAAUGGCCUUCUGCUACAUUCGUAUACUAGGAAAGAUCAGACACAAAGCAAGAUCCAACACAAAGAACAGAGCAGUGAAGUUAGUCUUCUCUAUUGUCGCUGUCUUCUUCCUCGGCUGGGUGCCGUAUAAUGUGCUCAUUCUGCUGAGGAUUUUGUCUGAUAAUCUGGUCAAACCUUUUGAGAAGUGUGAAACGAGCAUUCAGAUCGAUUAUGCUUAUAAUGUGUGUCGACUCAUUGCUUUCUCCCACUGCUGCCUGAACCCGGUCUUCUAUGCAUUUGUUGGUGUAAAGUUCAGGAGUCAUUUGAAGUCUCUGCUGCAUAGAGUGUCUGUUUGCAGAACUCCUGUUGUAGAGCAGCAAGUAACAAUGCACAACUUCUCACGUGGAUCUCUAUAUUAGUUGUUUAAGUAUUUUAUGUUUAAGCAUUAUUCACAGAACCUCUCUUGAACCCAUAAUUCUUUGUUCCAUUUAAUGAAAAAAAAAAACGAAAUAACUAAAAUAAAAAUAACUGUUUUAUACUGAAAUUCUCUUAUUUGUCUUUGCUGUAUUCUGAAAUGAAUGUAAUUUGAACUGACAACUUUUUAGAGGCUUCCAAUAAUAAAAGCAGACAAAAGAUUUAGAAAUACAAAUGUUUUUACAGUUUUUUGCUGUGUGGAAAAUGGCAGAGAAUUGUUUUUAAUCAAUAUCCAAUAAGUUUAAUUUCCAGCUAAUCUGCCUGUAUAAAUCAUGAUUCAUUCAUACAUCACAAAUCAUACAAGGAACUGUGUGACUUUGUUCUAAAAGUUGCUGCAUAAAUAAAGAU